AUGUCCUCCAGAAUUACUCGCUCGGCCGCGAGACUAGCCGCAGAUUCUCCUCCGUCCGUCGAAUCCGGUCCCUCUUCCUCAUCCCCCGCCGCUGGCUCGGCUCCAUCUCGAAAGCGUAAAGCCCCCGCACGCCGCGAUCGAUCACCGGACUCCUCGGAGCGGCCAAAUCCUCAAUCCCCCCAUCGAAAAUCCAAGCGACAACGGCGUGUAACUUCACCUCGAGCGACGAAUCUCCCUGCAGCCUCUCGUCGUGGUACACGAAACCGCCCGGCCAUGUCCCACCCAGGUCCAUCGUCACAUCCCACAGAGGAGUCUUCGAAAAAGCCAGCCUCGCCCCCCCAACAGAGGAGGAAGUCGAGCCGGCAUGGGAAAGUGUCCCAAGAACGCUCUCUAGCUACCCAGUCACCUCCUCCCAAUCGACAGAAAAAGCGGUCCUCAAGAAAUCGGCCCGAUGUCAUUAUGAAAGAAGCGGAUGAUGAUUUAGAAAGGCGAGAGAGGAGCGAAGAGCACGAGCCUUCGCCACCAAGCGAUAGUAAUGAUGGUACAAAUCCUUCUGGUCCAGAUGGCGAGGAAGAUGAGGAAGAUGAUGGAGACAUCUUUCAUAACGGCAUGUUUGGAUCACGGGGCUCUCUUGGACUUCAAAACACGCUUCGUGCACUUACUGGCAUGAUGACAGGCAUGUCUAGUCGCCUGCGGGAUAUUCUCCAGAAUCUCAGAAUGAAGGAAGACCCAUCCGUUCAAUUGAUCGCUCUUCAGGAACUCUCGGAAUUAUUACUGAUAUCGAACGAGGACAAUUUAUCUGGCCAGUUUUCUCCCGACCCUUACGUAAAAGAGUUGGUGACUCUCAUGCAACCUAAUGAAUUCGGGGAAGAGCAUCCAGAAAUUAUGUUGGUUGCUUGCCGUUGCUUGGCCUACUUGAUGGAGGCAUUACGAGGAUCGGUGGCCAACGUGGUUUAUGGGGGCGCCGUGCCGAUUCUGUGUCAGAAGUUACUGGACAUCCAAUUCAUCGACCUGGCUGAGCAGGCACUCAGUACGCUAGCAAAGGUUUCAGUGGACUUUCCAGCAUCUAUAGUGCGAGAAGGGGGCCUAACGGCAUGCUUAACCUAUCUUGACUUCUUCCCGACGAGUACCCAGCGUACUGCAGUUACAACGGCUGCCAACUGUUGCCGGAAUUUACCUCACGACUCGUUUCCAGUCGUCCGAGAUGUCAUGCCCAUUCUCCUAAACGUUCUCUCUAGCAACGACCCCAAGGUAGUUGAGCAGGGCUGUCUCUGUGUGUCCCGAAUAGUGGAAAGCUUCAAACACAAGCCAGAGAAGCUUGAGGAGUUGAUCAGCCCUGACAUGCUGAAGGCUGUUCUGCGUUUGCUUCUGCCAGGCACCACAAACCUUAUCGGACCACAUAUCCAUACUCAAUUCCUCCGAGUCCUAGCGCUUACAUCUAAGGCAAGCCCACGAUUGUCGGUGGAGUUGCUUAAGACAGAUGUGGUCGACACCCUCUAUCAGAUACUGACUGGUGUCUCGCCACCAGAGAACCUCGAAGAUCAAGCCGUCAAAAUGGACAGCGUCCUUGUAAUGCAAGCUUUAAUUCACCGGCCCAAGGAGCAGGUUUCCGAGACUCUUAAUGUGAUCUGCGAGCUUUUACCCAGUGUUUCCAACCGUUCGGAAUCUCAUGGGGAUGAUUUGAUGCCCUAUCCCGAAAUUGAUGCGAUGUCUGGUUUCAAGUCAUCUCCACCAAAAGGAUCACCCGAGAAACGACGAUCUCUAUUAAUGAGCUGCAAAGCGGAGCUGAGACGAUUUGCCUUGAUCCUGUUACCAACACUUACCGAUGCAUAUUCAAGCACAGUCAACUUAGAGGUUCGGCAAAAAGUUCUCAUCGCGCAACUCAAGAUGUUACAGAACCUCGAUCCCGCACUAAUCGAGGAAGCUCUUCGCUCUGUGCACUACGCUUCGUUCCUGGCUGCUAUACUGUCCCAGAAAGAUCAUCCAUCUCUAGUUUCAUCAGCACUUCGCUGCGCAGAACUCCUCUUUCAAAGGCUGGAACACGUGUAUCAACAUCAGUUCCAUCGUGAAGGUGUCAUUUCGGAGAUCGUGAGGCUUGCCAAAGAGACUUUAUCGACCGAAAAGCAAGGAAAGCCACCUCGGGAUUCGCCUGCUGCUUCUGUUAUGGAUACUUCGGAGGAUUCACGUCAAGGUAUAGAGUCGAACGUACGCCCCGUCGACGGUGACGAAACGGACGCGGAAGAUGGCGACAGCCAGGAAGAUGGUGGUGGCGUUAGCCAUGAUGAUCGUGCCGACGAUUCUGAGGAUAACGAGGAUGAAGAGGAUGAAGAUAAUGAGGAUAUGUCGGACUCUGAGAGUUCUUCCUCCACUGGCCCAGGAUUCUCAUCGAGGAUGGAGAAUGCAAUGAAUGAUUUGGUCGUCCGGGAUGCGCGCGCUUUCAUGGAGCUUUAUGAAACUAACCAAGGUGGAGGAAUGCGAGAAAAGGCUUUAGAGACUUUGAACGAGCUUCAGGAGCUUGCUACAGAAAUAGAGACUUGUUAUGCAGGUCUUGGAGAUCAAAGCCAUGAAGGGCUUGCUCUCUUCCGCAAACUAGCAACUUAUUUUGAAGGAGAUGCAUUGGAAAGUAUCACUAGCUCCGAGCUCCUUAACUCCGGGAUUAUCAGUGCUCUACUCAAUAUUUUCGACGACUCAAAAUGUACAUCCAUGCGUGAGGCCCGCAGCGCCUUCCUCCAGGCGUUCAUGGGCUGUACUAUUUCAGAGAGAGCGCAGAGUCAAAGUACAGCGACGACUCCCUUCGGCGUCUUGAUAAAUAAACUUCAAGAUCUUCUUAGUCGCACAGAGCAUUUCGAGGUUAUGACCGUUGGUCAUAAUUCGCUGGAAAACACACGAAGCAAUGCGGCAUACAUGCUCGGCAAACAGCUUCGACUCAAGUUGGUUGCUGACGAGGACUCCGAUAUUCCACGCUCCUAUAGGAAUAUCAUGGUUUCCAUCCACGCAAUUGCGACUUUUAAAGCCCUUGACGACUUUCUCCAUCCUAGAAUCAGUUUGUCGGAUCGUCCAAAGGCAUCUCGCAGCCGGGACACCAUCUUGUCCCAAAUCGCAAAUGCAGCUCGCCUUCGAGAUCAGCUAGCCGAAAACAACGGAUCCAACGGUAGUGAGCUUCCGCGACCCUCCGGGAGCAACAGAUCUGCCAACGCAGACCCGAGGGCUACUGCAAAAGAGAACUCGUCCAGCAGUCCGGAGACACGCUCGAGAGCUAGGCGGUCUGGUCCACCCGUGGAUACGGGCGAUGACCACGACGAUGAGCCACUAGAAUGUGCCGAUGAGCACCAUUUGAGCGAAGAUGAAAACGACGACGAUGACGAUGGAGAUGACGAGGAGCUGAACGCCAUUGUAGACGAUCUUGACGAUGACAUGUCUGAUGAGAACGUUCAUGACCCUUCGGCUGUUAACAUGGAGAUAGCGUCUUCAGGAAAGGUUACUGCGCGCAAGGAAGACGGUACACGUGUAUCCACCCCAUCCCAGUCAACACCAGUGUCCAAGUCAUCAUCUGGGCCUCGCUCUGCAUUAAGCUCAGCAGGUAAUGGCUCGCUGGCGAUGUCUGGUCGCCCGUUCUCGUAUGCUGCGGCCAUGGCUUCUCCCCCGUCCGACUGGCAUAUCCAGUUCAGUAUUGAUGGCCAGCCCGUCUCCAGCGAUACUACUAUUUAUCGCUCUGUUCAUCAUAACCGUCGCCACCUCGAUCCAAACGGAAGGAACGUGUGGUCUGCGAUCCACACGGUCACUUUUAGACGAGUACCAGGCCCGCCACCGGCAGAGUCCUCCACACUUACGUCCAAUGCCUCCAACUCCAGUUCACAGAACAACAGUACCGGAAUACCAUCUUCUCUAAGCGAGGACCCGACCACUGCUUCGAUAUUGAGUCUUUUGCGUGUUUUGCAUGGGAUGAAUACAACGCUCGAUGACAUUCUUGCGGAGACCAAAGAUCUCAUUGCCGUCAAGCCCGAAUCUUUGGCUCAGUUUAUCAACACUAAGCUUACAGCCAAGCUCAAUCGGCAACUAGAAGAACCAUUGAUUGUUGCGAGUAGCUGCCUUCCUGACUGGAGUGAAGACCUUGCGCGCUCCUUCGCCUUUUUAUUCCCAUUUGAAACGCGCCACUUAUUCCUCCAGUCUACUGCGUUUGGAUAUUCACGAGCAAUGAUGCGGUGGAAUAAUUCACAGCCCGGGGACGACGGUCGUCACGAUCAUCGACGCGAUGAUCGGCCAAUGCUAGGCCGCCUGCAGCGACAGAAAGUACGUAUAUCAAGAAGCCGCAUUCUGGAAUCGGCCAUGAAAGUUAUGGAACUCUACGGGUCAUCUCCUAGUGUGCUUGAGGUUGAAUAUUUCGAAGAGGUUGGCACCGGUUUAGGGCCAACCCUCGAGUUUUACUCAACAGUUUCCAAGGAGUUCUCCAAAAAGAAGUUAAAGAUGUGGCGAGAGAACGAUUGCGGUGACGCUGGAGAAUAUGCAUUUGGCAGCCGUGGUUUGUUCCCUGCUCCACUAAGCGAAGAACAACUCUCGUCAGAAUUCGGGAAGAAGCAACUCCAGCUGUUUAAAACGCUGGGAAAAUUUGUCGCUCGAUCAAUGUUGGAUUCCAGAAUCAUUGAUAUCUCGUUCAAUCCCGCCUUCUUUCGGAUUGCCGACACCUCCUCCACCGUGGCCCCUUCGCUUGGCACAGUCAAGGCCGUCGAUAAUGAUCUCGCCAAGUCUCUGUUAUUGUUAAAACGCUUCGCAAAUUCCAAAAAGGAAAUUGAAUCGAAGAACGUUUCGAAAGACAAGAAAGCCCAGGCUCUGGAGGAGGUGGAAGUAGAUGGAGUCCAGGUCGAAGACUUGAGUCUGGAUUUCACGCUCCCGGGAUAUCCUGCUAUUGAGCUCAUAAAAGACGGCUCUAACACCCCGGUGACAAUGUCAAACGUUGAUAUCUAUCUCGAUAAAGUUGUGGAUAUGACCCUGGGUAGCGGGGUUCAAGCCCAGGUAGAAGCUUUCAGAAACGGGUUUUCGCAAGUCUUCCCUCACUCUGCCCUGCAAACAUUCACGCCGAGCGAACUUGUAAUGUUGUUCGGAAGAGCUGAGGAGGACUGGUCAAUUGAGACGUUGAUGGACUCCAUCAAAGCCGAUCACGGGUUCAACAUGGACAGCCGCAGCGUCCGAAAUCUACUGCAGACGAUGAGUGAACUGACUACACAGCAACGUCGAGACUUCCUUCAGUUCGUCACGGGUAGCCCCAAGCUGCCUAUUGGAGGCUUUAAGAGUCUUACGCCAAUAUUCACUGUUGUCUGCCGCCCAAGCGAACCUGGAUACACGCCUGACGACUACCUACCCAGCGUUAUGACAUGUGUAAAUUACCUGAAGCUCCCCGACUAUAGCACUCUGGAUGUCCUCCGGGAUAGACUAUCCGUUGCUAUCAAGGAAGGACAAGGAGCGUUCCAUCUCUCCUGA